UUUGUCAAAAAAAAAAAAAAGCAGAGAAGUCAUCUCUUUCUAUCGAGAUAUUUGGCCACAUACAUACAUACAUACAUCAAGGUCGCUGAUUGCAAUUGAUCAUAAUAUAUAAUAUGAUCAAAGACGAAAACAAUUCAUGUAUCCGUCUUGGUGGAUCCGAAAAGGAAGAGGAGCUUGAAUCAGCCAGAGCAAAGGUAGGGGAAGUUCGAGAAGAAAACAAGAGGCUGAAACUAUUACUCUCCAAGAUACUCAGUGACUACAAUUCUCUCCAAACCCAUGUCAUCGGCCUUCUCGGACAAGAACGAGAAGAAGCUUCGGGGAAACAACUGCAAGAACUCGAAGCUAAAUACGACCAUAAUCACGUCGAUAUCUCUCUUUGCCUCGGUUCAGAUUCAGACAAAAGCAAAGACAGAGAAUGCCGGAACAAGAACAUGGUGCAAGCGAAAGAGAGAUCAGAGGAGAAACUUGAGUUGGGUUUAGGGUUUGGGGCCAAUGAUCGUCAUGUGAUCCGAAAACGUGAUGAAUCGGCGCUGAAUGAUCCGGACGACGAAAAGGGAGAGAAUCUAUCGCCGUCAAGGAAAGUUUUGAAAACCAUGACAAGUGAAGAUCAUCAUCAAGAUAGAGAAAAGGUUUUUGAACAGCAUCAAGAACAAGAACUCGGUUUAAAGAGAACUAGGGUUUGUGUGAGAGCUAGAUGCGAAGGCCCAUCGGUGAAUGACGGAUGCCAAUGGAGAAAAUACGGGCAGAAGACUGCGAAAGGUAAUCCACGCCCGAGAGCCUACUACCGUUGUACCAUGUCCCCAAGUUGUCCCGUCAGAAAACAGGUGCAAAGAUCUGCAGAGGAUGCGUCAAUAUCGAUAAUGACAUACGAGGGAAACCACGACCAUCCUCUUCCGAUGGCGGCAACGGCUAUGGCCUCUGCCACGUCAGCAGCCGCCUCCUUUCUCCAGUCUCAUUCCUCCUCGACGAGCCUCAACUCCGGCCAUAGCUACUUCUUCCCUUCUCAAAACUUAUCCAUCUCAACCUCUAACUCUCACCCGACCGUAACCCUAGACCUCACUCGGCCAAACCCCAACAAGAAAUUACCAAACUACCCAUUACCUUCUUAUCCUUCUUCUCCUGCCUCUCUUAACUUCUCGUCAUUCGAUCCCAUGGAUCGUCGCACAUACAUCGACACCUCGAGCUUUAACGGAUUCCCGUUGAACAGAUCACAAGCUUCAUCCAGCAGUACAGAGGCAAUAACACGUCUGAUAACGUCGAACCCUAAUAUUCGGACAGCCUUGGCCGAGGCAUUCGUCAGCUCUCGUUUUGGUCGGAACACGUCUCCUGUCGCUUCUUUGCCAUUCUCGUCAGUGUCUUCGUCCUCUGUUUUUGAGACAGAUCAUAAUAAGUGAAAGGUAGUUCCGGACACGGAUUUCUUUCCCACAUUCUGUCUGUGUACAGUUUUGGCGUGUAUUUAUGUACAAUGUCCAUCAUCUUUUGUAUUCUUUACUUUACAUUUAUUUAUAAAAAAAAAACUUUACAUUUAAACAAA